CCUGGGCUCAGACAGAAUUCGCUUUCACUGGAGCUUCAGCUCGCGUUUCAACUCUCGUCAGCUCGGUUCCUUCAGUCUCAGGUAGCCUCACCUCGGUCCUGGGAGCAGUGAGCCCGAGAAGGAACAGUGUGGCUGCCGUCUGCUGCUCAGCGUUGCUUUUCAAGCUAUAGCCGGCACCAUGGCGUUGUCGUACAAGAAAGACCUGGAAAAGUACAAGGAUCUGGAUGAAGAUGAAAUCCUCAACAAGCUGUCGGAGGAGGAGCUCAAACAGCUGGAGUCUGCCCUCGAGGAGAUGGAUCCUGAGAAUGCUCUUCUCCCAGCGGGUUUACGUCAGAAGGACCAUACGUCCAAGAACGCAACAGGAACGUUCGACCGGGACCGUCUGCUCAAGCACCUGGAGAAGGAAGCCAUCGAGUACCAGGACAGAGACGAUAUAAUUCCCUUCACUGGAGAGAGAAAAGGUAAAGCAUUUGUUCCGAAGCAGAGACCUAUAGAAACGCGUCAGGAAGAUGUCACAACCCUCGACCCAGAACUGGAGGAAGCCCUGUCCAGCGCCACAGACACAGAGCUGUGUGAUCUAGCAGCGAUCCUGGGUGUUCACACGCUGGUCACCAGUAAUCAGACAUACGAUGCGACCGCUGGCAAAGGGGGUUACAACAAUGUGAUCAAAGGGGAGAAGAUGGUCCCAGUGUUCGACGAGCCUCCCAAUCCCACCAACGUAGACGACACCCUGCAGAGGAUAAAGAGCGACGACAGCUCCCUCACGGAGGUCAACCUCAACAACAUUAAGAACAUUCCCAUUCCCACCCUGAAGGACUUGGCCAAAGCCAUGGAGAGGAACACUCACGUCAAGAAGUUCAGCCUGGCUGCAACACGGAGUAACGACCCAAUUGCUGUGGCGUUCGGUGACAUGCUGCGGGAGAACAAAACGUUGCGAAGUUUGAACUUGGAGUCCAACUUCAUCACCGGGGUCGGGGUGCAGGCUUUGGUUGACGCUUUGCGGGACAACGAAGCAGUUAUAGAGAUCAAGAUAGACAACCAGAGGCAGCAGCUGGGAACCACUGUAGAGAUGGAGAUCGCUAAAAUGUUGGAGCAGAACAACAGCAUAAUAAAGUUUGGCUACCACUUCACCCAGCAAGGACCUCGCUCCAGGGCCGCCGCAGCUAUCACCAAGAACAACGACCUGGUUCGUAAGAAGCGAGUGGAAGCGGAGCUGUAGGAGCGGAGGCGGACCCGUCUCCCAGCCAAUCUCGUUUUUUCAUCUCACCACGUGGAAUAAUUUCAGCCAAUGCCCUGGUCUCAUCUCACUGUGUGGAAACUUAAGUCUUGUGCCAAACUGUGGGGCAAGGCGCGCGCAACCAGAACAUACAUCUGAGAAGAAGGGAAAUAACUGGAAUUGCCUCCUCUCCUAUAUGCUUGUUCAUACUGUUGUUUAUUAUUAUGUUUGUCAUUGAAGGUGUAAAUCUGAGUAGUUUUUAGUCAUUUCAUUUCAGCUGCUCCUUCUUUUUUCUUUUUGAACCUAUAUAUGUUCUGUCCAGACUUUUUACUCGCUCCUUUCCUUUUGUACAAUGCUAUAAUCAUGUGGAAUAAACAUGAACAAGUAACUGAAACAACAGUAAUAUCUAUGUAAAAACAACAACUAACCCUGUAUCCUCUUCCGUGAUAGUUUGCUAUUGGAUGUUAAGAUUCCACUGGAGCAGAAUUUGACAUUAGACCGACGGGAAUCUCUCAGAGGCCGUUGAUGACUAACCUGUUGUUCUGACCGCACCGCUGUCGGUCACCACACCACAACCAGCAGCACGGUGCAGUAAUGAUCAGAUCGCUGUCGUACGUUACGUGACCAAUGUGUUUUGAGGGUGUUUUUUAUUGCCUUGUAAAGUCAGCGUGACUGAUGGGCCGGUGUGUGUAAUAGUUCAUGUGUGUGUGAGGAAAAGAACGUUCGUAGUUGGUGCUGGUGAUACGCUGUAGUCAGUCAAAGAGAGGAUGUGCGAUUCGAAAGUCUGUAAAAACACGUCAUACUGUCGGCCCCCCACCACCACCACCACCACCACCACCACCACCACUUCAAUAUAAAACCACUAUCAGCGAAUAGCGUUUUUUUCCCCCCAACUAAAGUUCUUGUUUUGAUACGGUUCAAGUUCUGAUGUCGGUUGUUCUGACCCCUGAUAUCUCAACAGGAAAUUAUAAAUAGGGUUUGGUUUUUCAAAUCAAGUAAAAAAUGGUAUUUUAUUAUGAAUAUAACAGGAUAUUUACUCUGUUGAGGCUUUAACAUGCUCUCACUAAUUAAAUAAAAGUCUGCUCAACAGGCUGAGUAUCACUAAUACUCCACCAAACCAAAGACCAACACGUGCAGUGCUUAAAGUAUCAAUAUCAGACUCAAUGGUUAUUGGUUUUGGUUUUGUGUUUGUCGACUUCUUCACAGAUCUUGGAAAGAGUUUUAAAACAAUACAUUUGACUUAUAAUUUUACAAUGUAGUUACAUUCCUUCACAAGGGCCAUUUAUUGAAAAGGAGAAUUCUGCAAGUUGUUCGUUGUUUGUGAGAAAUCCCUUCAUUUUACGUCCAGGCAUGCAACGGCUUGUGAAAACGUCUCUGUGAUCGACACCCCCUGUACAGAUCCUAAAUUUGCUUCCUCCCUCACAACCAACACUUCAGCUUUCAGCAGCAUCUGAGCAGUAGCAUGUCGUACAUUACGUAACAGUGAUGAUGGCAACAUGCCGUGUGCCUUACACUGAACGCACACUCGCCUGCUCGAGAUGAGGAGAACAGGACUAACGCAGAAUUUACUUGAAGCUUGUAUAUACUGUUCAUGUGUAAUAGGAACAAUACUCCGGCUUGACGUCAUCACACACGAACGACACGUUUCUAUCGACCAAGCAGCUUCACAUUCCUGGCACAAGAGUUCUAUGUGUUUUAUAUCUGUGUUCUUCCUCCAACAUCAUACUGCUUGUAUUUCCAACCUCCUUGUUUGUUUGUGCUCUGCUGGUGGAUGAACUGCUUAUUUGCUUGGGCUUGUUAAUAAUAAUCUGUGAUUCUAUAUUAAUUCUGUACAUUAAUAAAAAAAAAAAUGCCAUCUCAAAUUCGCACACACACACUUUUAUGUGUGGACCACGUAAAUCUACUCACUGCUGCGAUUUGUUUUGUACCUUUUAAAUCAAGAUCCAGGUGUAGAGUCAACAUAUGGAAAAUGUACUAUUCUAAAACCACAAGACUGGUAAAAUGCACUGCUGAAUAUAAGACAUCCUCAACAAUAAAUGUUUUUACAUAC